CAAGGCUUCAAGAUUCUCACUUCAUUCUCUUCCACAUAUCUAAUGACAUGUAGGGUUAUAUCAACCACGUGUAAAAGAUAAAGACAAGCUCUAAAAACGAAGAAAAAGUUUUACUUCAUAAAUCAGUCUUCUUCUUUUCUUUCUUUGCCUUGAUGUUUCUUAAUUUUGACUUUCCCUUUUAUUACAUGUCUUCCAUGUCUCUAUCUAUGUCUGAAAAUCUUUAAAAGUUUAACAAGAACCUCCACUAGUUUAUCCUUUUUUGUUGCUCUUUGGAUUUGCUUUGCUUCUUCGUAAAAAUAUCACUUUCCUUUUCAAUAUAUAUAAACUAAUAAGCAUACUUCAGCAAUCCAGCAAUUGCUCCAGUUCUGGGAACAUGCAAAAGUUCGAACUUUUCAGCCACUGUUACUCUCUUACCAGGGUUUGAUUAAUGAGAAGUUAGGGUUUGGUGUAAAAUGUUGGUUUUAAGCAUGAAUUCCAAAAGGCAAAGGCGGCCUAAUGUUAGGUUAGGGGAAAUAGGGGAUGCGUCUGCUGCUUUUGCAUGUGGAUUUUCUCAGAAAACUAAGGAAAAUUUAGUACAUAAAAGAUGGAAACCUGAUUUUCUCAACUCUCAAGUGAAUGAACCUGUUACUGUUGAUGAGUUUUCUAAAGGGAAAUCACCAGAUUUCUUGAAUUUGGACCCCGAUUUUUUGCCGGCCGAUUUGCAACAGAACAGAGAGAAUAAGAACCCCAAUUCUUCAAAAUUGGGUUUUGAUUUGGUUACUGCUGAUGAAAUUGACAUGAUGAAGUCUAGUAUAAAUUUUGGUACCAUAACAAGAAAGAGUAGGGUCAUGAAACGGCGAGGGCGGGUUCGAGAAGGCAACAAUUCCGCGUUUCUUUGCAGUGCUUGGACACAGAGUCCUAAAUUUAGCCCUGAAUUUAGUGGUGAGGAUAGAAAGGAGCACGACGAUGAGGAGAAAGAGUUUAUGGGGAUCGAAACGAAUGCUUGCAUAGAUUCGCAGGACAUAUCAGACCAUGAUGCGGAUGAACCUGAUAGUUGGCAACAAGGAAAUGCUGAUGAUUGUUAUGAAGGAGAUAAUGCGUUGCUUAGAUCCGGUGAUGAAUGGGACCAAACGAGAUAUGCGUGUAAUGAUGUUACCGGUGUCCGAACGUGGUUGGAGGACUUGGGAUUCGGUAGGUAUGCUGGUAUUUUCGAAAUGCAUGAGGUUGAUCAAGAAACUCUGCCUUUGCUUACGCUGGAUGAUCUCAAGGAGAUGGGUGUAUUUGCUGUUGGACAUAGACGGAAGUUGUAUACCGCAAUACAACAAUUAAGAGGGGGCAACGCUUCUUCGUGAAAACUCUUCGAAUAAAUUGUGGGUAGUCCUUUUCUUUUUUUGUACUUCCCCUCCCUUAUGUGCAGGAAAAAAAAUAUCACAGACGUGUAACUUUUUCCAGUUUCUGACAUGGUUUUUUUCCUUUAUGUUCCUUUGCUGGCUUUUGUUAAUGAGAUGAACUUCACCAGUUCUUACUUUUAUGCGUCUUUCAUGUUUAUUAUCUCUGCCCCCCUCGAAUUAUAAAAUCUUAACAUUAUGUGAACUAAAAUGGUAACUUGCUUCGAAUUUAGGCACAUGAUUCAGUUUAAAUAAUCUUCAUAUCGUGAUCGACUUAUAAGCUGGUGAUACAAGUCAACGUUACUUGGCAGUUGGCAUCGAGUCAUGCAAAGCUUAGGUAUGAACUUUUUGUUUAAUGCUAGUGAACGUUUUUCAUGAGCUUUACAUCUGAGAUUGAACGGCUGAUCGUAUUUAUUUCUUACUUUUAACUUAGAAGUACUUGAGAAAUCCCGUUUACUUAGAAAUAAGGAUAAAAACCGUGUCUCUGCGGCUUUUUGCUGUUUUUCCUUUCUUUUAAGUGUUGAAAAACAUGUUAUAUCCUGAUGAAAAUAAGUCAUAGAAUGAUUUAAGUAUACUUAGAAAUUGUCUUAAUAGGUUUCCAUGUUGUUUUAGCAUGAAACAAGCUCUUUUAUAUACUAUAUUGUGAUGUCGAUAUGGGAGUACGUGAUCCGAAAUGUUAAUGUAUAUUGAAAACUGUACAUGAAAAUGUGAUAUGUCAUGUUGGUGGUGCCUCAAAUUUAACUAAUGCAUGCUUCUCCGUGGUUUUUCUUUGUUCAAUAGAGCUGAUUCGGAGAAAUGCUCCACUUUCAGUAGGUAUUGCCUUGCUUCAUUUUUCUUUAAGUACACUUCAGUACUUGUAUCUGAUGCAUGUCUAAAUGUGGGUUAUGACCUCCGCUCACCGAUGCCUCCAAAUGAAUGGGAUAAACUUGAAUAUAAUCGUGUUGGACACAUGCCCGGAUCCAACACAAGUACGUUCGAGUAACAUAGGUAUUGCAAAUUUAUUGCUUCACAAGUAAGAUUUCCUUGCUUGAAGUUUUUGCACUUGUAUUUAUGGUUGAUAAACAUUGAAACUUAGGUGAUGUUUCUCUUGAUCUGCAAUGGAAAUGAAAUGGCCAUAUUUCUUCUGCAGAUUGUUCUGUGUUAGUUUCUUGUAAUAUUCAGUAUUUGAACUUUUAACUUUUUUCCAUUUUGGUC